UAUGGUUCUUUCAGAGCUUUACUAAAUCUUUUCUUAACUUUAGCAAAAAUAUCUACAAGGUAGCUCAAAAUGACUUCACGUUUCUUCACACGUCCACUUUAUAGUGGCCAAAGAUUGAAUCAUCUUAAAGCAGGUGUCCAUGGAGUUGAUUCAAGAAUCAAACUUUGCGGUACAAAGAGAAAGACAGAUGAAGCUUCUCAUAUGGAUACUCCUAACUUUUUAGGAAAUCCAAUGUAUGAACAGGAUGAUGUUCAGGCACAUACCAACACUAAGGAUACAACCGUUUGUCAAGAUCAUUCAAUAUCUCCUUUUUCUACCCAAUGUUAUUUAUCUGUUAUAGACAAUCCCAGCUCCCCUUGGAACCUAUUUAGCUUGUCAUCCUGUGGCCCAAAAAGGAUGAAACGAACCGUGAGCAUGCCUCAAACCACUGUGGAUACUAGCAGUCUGUUAGAUGGAGUAAAUGUCAACAUCCGUCGUACUAGUAGCACAAACAGCUUGCCUAAGCUUCGGUUUAGGGACCACGUAAUGACUUACACCCAAAGAUACUUAGCAGCCGAAGCCAUUGAAGACGCUAUCUUAGAAAACAGGCCCACAAAAAAUGAAGGAAAUGUGGACGGUAUGCACCUUGUUCAGUUAUUAAUAUCAUGUGCUGAAGCCGUUGCGUGUCGUGAUAAAGCACACGCAACAAACUUAUUAGCCGAGCUUCGAGCCAAUGCGCUUGUUUUCGGUUCAUCUUUUCAGAGGGUGGCAUCAUGUUUUAUGCAGGGGCUCACAGACCGGCUAGCUUUGGUGCAACCACUUGGUGCGCUUGGGUUGGUGGCCCCAACAACAAACUUAAGUUCAAUCGGGUCCGAGAAAAAAGAAGAGGCGUUACGCCUGGUUUAUGAAGUUUGCCCGCAUAUUCAGUUCGGACAUUUUGUUGCCAACUUAACAAUAUUGGAAGCCUUUGAGGGAGAGAGUUUUGUUCAUGUUGUUGACCUUGGGAUGACCCUUGGUUUGCCACAUGGACAGCAAUGGCGUGGAUUGUUAGACAGCCUGGCUAACCAUCAUGGUCAGUCUCUACGCCGCCUCAGGAUCACAGCGGUUGGAACAUGUGUUAACCGCUUCCAUGUCAUCGGCGAUGAGCUGGAGGUUUAUGCACAAAAACUGGGCAUAAAUAUGGAGUUUUCAUAUGUAGAAAGUAGCUUGGAAAAGCUCAAGCCCGAAGACAUUAAAACUUAUGAAAACGAAGUGUUGGUAGUUAACAGCAUUCUCCAGCUUCACUGUGUGGUGAAAGAGAGCCGGGGUGCUCUAAACUCGGUUCUAAAAAUAAUCCAUGAACUGUCCCCAAAGGUUUUAGUCCUUGUUGAACAGGAUUCAAGCCACAACGGGCCUUUUUUUCUUGGGAGGUUCAUGGAGGCGUUGUACUAUUACUCAGCCAUAUUUGAUGCCCUUGAUGCAAUGCUGCCUAAAUAUGACACCAGACGAGCGAAAAUCGAACAAUUCUACUUUGCAGAAGAAAUAAAAAAUAUUGUUAGUUGUGAGGGGCCUAAUAGGGUGGAAAGGCAUGAGAGGGUGGACCAAUGGCGGAGGAGGAUGAGCCGGGCAGGGUUUCAGGCUGCACCGGUGAAGUUGGUGGCUCAGGCAAAGCAGUGGCUGGCAAAGCUCGAGAUUUGUGAAGGCUACACUAUUGUGGAAGAAAAGGGUUCAUUGGUUCUUGGAUGGAAAUCAAAGCCCAUAGUGGCGGCUUCUUGCUGGAAAUGCUAAGCAGGCAAAAUUUGCCAUUCCUAUUUGCUAAUAAAACACUACGGUCUACGGCUGCCAGCUUAUGGGAGAUUCUAGGGAAUGGUAACAAUGUAAGCUGCUUCAAUAAGAGCCAAAUAAAAGAUUCUGAGUGUGUCCUGAAUUAAUAGAAAAGAAACUCGAGUGUGAAUGUAUUUAAGGGAAGUAUGACUGACUAUGAGCAAACGAAAUAAAGUAGCUAUUGAUUUGGUUUGUAAAAAUAGGGUGUGUGUGUGUGUAUAUAAUGUAUUGAUUGGCAUUCUUUUAGAACUGACAGGAUAGAAAACAGUUGUAGUUAAUCUUCAGUUUCCAUGGAAAAAAGUUAUGGAAAUUGUGAUUUUCUCUUAUUAAUUUUGGUGAAAGAAAGGUGCUAUUUGGCAUCUUGGGUGAGAGAUCC